AUCAACCGCUCUCACAGAGUCUACGUUGACCACUCUCCCAGAGUCCUCGUAGACCAGCGCCCCUGAGACUUCGUCGGUCUCCAGCACUCCUGUGACUGCCCUUGAGACCGCCACAGUGACUAUGCCCUUGUCCUGUCCCCAGAGACUUUGCCUUUGUCAGUCAGACCGACACCUGCCCCCCCGGGUUUCGUCAGCAGUCCGUCCGAACUCUGGAAUAACAAAGCAGUCAGGCUUGGAUGAUGCAGUCAGACAUGGAGACCAAAGACAUUGCUCUUGAAUCUGAACCUGUCAAAGUUCUGGCUACUCUGUUUAAAAAUGAAAAAGAGUGCUCAAGAAACAUUUACACUGUUAACAGUGCUAAACAUCUCAUAAAUACAGCCAUGUCAGAGCAACCAGGUUUUGCAUUUGACAGAGUUCAAAAACACAAUAGUGAUUUCAAAGAAUUUGUUGAUGUUGACAGAAACGUAGAAAUCAAGAACUUUGACAGAUUUAAAAUCUUCAUAUCAAGCGCAGAAGCACUACCCCAAAGAAAUGCUGGAGAGGCCUGUCAAAUACAGCAUGUUCCAGUGUCAGAUGAACUGGGAGGCCUGCAGUCUUUACUUCAGAGCAAAACACCAGAGAUACUUGAGGAACACAAGAGAACAGGAACACUUAAAAUUGAUUCAAGGAGACAUCUUGUCAAAAUAUGCUUAAGUCAGUUGGUGGAGAAGCAUGGAUUUCACCCACCAAGCGCUGAAAAGCUCGCCCUUGCAAAGGGUAUCAUCACAACCUUCCCAUUCUUGAGGGUUCAUUUUGACAGCAAUGGAGAUGGAUUUGUAACUAAAAGACCAAAACAACAGCCAAAUUUGUGUUUUAAACUCUGAAAGUAAAUGUUUUGCAGGUGUCUUUUGUCAUCCCUUGGCAGUUGUCAAGUAGCAUAUAAUGUGUCUUGAUAAAAAAAAUGUACUUUGUUAUAUUUACAGUUAUGUCAUUAGACUGUUUAUGUAGGUGCUCAAUUUUGUUCUCAUGUCUUCAGGAGCAUUUUUAUGAUCCAUCGUCUCAUUCUGGCUUCUUGGAGAUGAGUAAA